CGUCACCAACAAGUAAUAUUAUCAUUUUCUCUCUCCCCUUUUGUUUGAUUUCCGUGGGCUGAUUCAGAAUCCUAUUAGUUAUUACAACAAAUCUCAUUCCUUCCUUAAUCCCUAAUCUCUUUUAACGGCCAAAUCCUGACAAGGGUUGUCAAUUGUAAAGAUUUAGUCUAUAUGGUUAAAUUGUAAUCCGGGUUUUUGAGAUUUUGGGUUAUUGAUUUGAAUUUAAUGGUGAAAUUUGAAUAAUAUGAUUAAUUGUGUUGGGAAAAUUUCUAAAUUGGGGUUGUUCUGUUGUUCAUUUGUUGUUGUUGAUCAAAUUGUGCUGAAUUAGUUUGGGAUUGUUUUGGAUUGGUAUGGUAGGAGUAGUUUUAGUUUUGAAUAUGGGUGAUAUGAAUGAAUUGAUUAUGGAAAAUUAGGGGGCUGAUGGCCUUGUGUGGAAAUGGGUAUAUUGGAGUGUAGGAAGAGUGAAAAGUCACCGAAAAGGCGAAAGCUUUGUAAGAAUUCAUUGACAAUGGAUAGUGAUUCUUCUUCUGCAGUGCUUGGUUCAAAGGGUUUGAUUAGGAAGAAUGAGUUUGUGAGAGUAAUUAUUCAAUGCUUGCUAUCAUUGGGGUUUUCCAAAUCUGCAUCCUGUUUAGAGUUGGAAUCGAGUAUCUCGUAUAAGUCGAAAGAGUUCCAAGCUAUUGAGUCUGAGCUUCUUGAUGCUAAUUGGGAAGAAUGCAUUAAGUCUCUCAACGAGCUUAAGGGAUUGACCGAUGAGAUACAAUCUUCAGCUUUGUUCCUUGUAAUUAAACAAUAUCUUUUGGAAUGUUUGAGUCACGGGGAUGAUAUGACAGCUUUAACUUUUCUUCAGAAACGAGUUUCUGAUUUGAAAUUAGGGAAAGAGAAGGUUCAUAACCUUGCUUUCACUAUUCUUUUUACCAAAGAAAAGGGUGUCAAUGAGACAAAUGAUAACUUACACGAGUUGAGGAAAAAGUUAUUGGUAGAGUUGGAGACGUUGUUGCCCUCUCCGUUCACUAUACCAGAAAGAAGAUUGGAGCAUCUUGUUGAAACUGUUGUUACUUCCCAGAUAGAUUCUUGUUUGUACCACAAUUUAUCAGGUGCAGUGUCAAUCUAUGAGGAUCACUGCUGUAGUAACGAUCAAAUACCGACGGAGACUAUCCAGAUUCUUACUGCCCAUGAUGAUGAAGUAUGGUUUGUGCAAUUUUCUAAUAAUGGGGAGUAUCUGGCUUCAUCAUCAAGUGACUGUACUGCUGUUAUAUGGAAGGUAGUUGAAGAUGGUACAUUCACCGUGAAACAUGCAUUAAAGAGUCACCAAAAAGCCGUCUCUUUUGUAGCAUGGAGUCCUGACGACACUAUGUUACUCACAUGUGGCAAUCUAGAGAACGUUAAGUUGUGGGAUGUAGAAACGGGUAUGUGUAAGCGCACAUUUGGUGACCCUAACUUCAUUGUGAGCUCAUGUGCGUGGUUUCCCGACUCAAAAAAGCUUGUUUGCGGAAGUUCUGAUCCCGAAAAGGGCAUCUGCAUGUGGGACUGUGAAGGGAAUGAGUUGAGGGUUUGGCGAGGAGCAAGAAUACCCAAGGUACUAGAUCUGGCCGUGACCUCGGAUGGUGACUAUCUUAUCAGUGUUUUCUCGGACAAGGAUAUUCGGAUACUGAAUGUGAUAACAAAUGCCGAGCGUGUGGUAUCGGAGGAGCAUCCAAUCACCUCACUUUCUCUUUCAGCAGACGGCAAGUUUUUCAUCGUCAACCUUAACAGUCAAGAGAUCCAUAUGUGGGAUGUGGUGGGCGAUUUGAAGGAACCAGUGAAGUACACGGGGCAUAGGCAGCACAAAUAUGUGAUUAGGUCCUGCUUUGGUGGUUGCAACAGUAAAUUCAUUGCCAGUGGUAGCGAGAAUUCAGAGGUCUAUAUAUGGAAUCGACAAAAGUCUGAACCCAUCGCAGUUUUAUCUGGGCAUUCAAUGACCGUAAACAGUGUUAGUUGGAACCCGAGAAAUCCUUAUUUAUUGGCAUCUGCAAGUGACGAUCACACUGUCCGCAUAUGGGGACCGACAAAAUCGAAAGCAAACGAAAUUUUGGUAAAAGAGAGUUGUUGAAUAGGAUUCAUGCAGCAUGUCUCAUGUAUAUACUCCAUGGUAUUUUUUAUUUUUAUAAAAUAAAUUUUCAUAAUUAAUUUUUCAUGUAUGUGGGCUUGGCCCUCAAAUUUUGACUCUCCUAGUUGUAUAUAUAUGUGCAAGUGUGCAACAACUACUAGUCUUUCAGCAGAGUUUGCAAACUUGCAAUUAGAGACUUAGUUUUGAUUUUGCUUAUUUUCCUAUUGUUUUCCUACUCAUAUACUUCACUAGUAAAACAUUUCAUUUAACUAUAAAUGGAAUUUUGAGUUUGCAUUAA